AUGAGUCCCUCCGUGGUGACAAAGAAGGGAAGUGAGAAGCUGUUGAUAGUUACCGCCCAUACAGAACGAGAGGCGGAACCAGCCGUGCAUUUCCUGAUCGGGUGUCCAGCCUCAUCCAGCAGCUCUGCCAAUUACGAGGCGAUUGUUCCGACACCCCAUCCGCCGGGUGCUUCUACACGGCUAGCCGUGUCAUCACCGAGGUUAUCACGCCAGGACGAUCAGUGGCAUCUGACAUGGCGCGCGCCCUGCCUGAGGCCCAGCAAUUCAGUAAGAGCUCUUAAGGGUUUACCUGGCUACAAGGUCAUAAAAACACCUCUCCUGUCGUCAAAAUUGACCUUCCAGGGUUUCGGUGCCCUGCUAGCAUCGCCAAAAUCGCUUGCCAACAGGCGCAAGCGGCUGUGUGGUCUGUGCGGGCCUCGCUCCAAGGCUUAUGCGUUUAUAAAGAAAUUGUAUCAACGGGAACCGCAAUUGGAUUUCUGGCUUGUGCCAAUCUUGGAGGUGGUUGUCUUUACCUAG